AUGCGCUCCGUACGAGAGCGCUGUGAUGAGCUUUUAACACUCUAUUUACAAGAUUCUUCCGAGGAAUCGGGAAGUUUCAACAUUGAAUUCCUGUUAGACACAUUAUUGUGCCUUUACUAUGAGUGCAAUUUGCCACAGCAUCGGAACGAACGAAAUUGCGCCAAAUUUUGCAAGACAGUGAAAGAUCUAAUAAAACGGAUUGAAGAAUGUAGAAUUUCUAGAUCUGAGUUUGAAACCGUGCGACUGAUUGGCUCUGGAGCUUUUGGCGAAGUCUCGUUAGUUAGAGCAAAGGGGACGAACGAAGUUUAUGCCCUUAAGUCGCUCCAUAAAUAUGACAUGCUGAAACGUUCUGAUAGAGCUUGUUUCCAAGAAGAGCGCGAGGUCUUAGUAAAGGCGAUGAUCAGAAAUUCCCCGUGGAUUUCUCAGUUGUAUUAUACCUUUCAGGAUGAAAAAUAUCUCUACUUCGUUAUGAAAUUUUACAAUGGAGGUGAUAUGCUAACGAUGCUAAGCAAGUUCGACGAUCAAAUCCCAGAACCUAUCUCGCGUUUUUACUUGGCUGAAAUGGUACUUGCAAUCCAUGCGCUACACGAAUUAGGAUACGUUCACCGCGACAUCAAGCCUGAUAAUGUUCUUAUUGAAAGCUCGGGCCACAUUGUUCUAGCCGACUUUGGUUCCUGUCUUCGUAUCGGAAAUGAUGGUCUCAUAAAAAAUACUGCCGCCAUAGGGACGCCGGAUUACAUCGCCCCUGAAAUUUUGCGAGCUGCUGAAGACACACAUGGAACAUUUGGAAUAGAGUGUGACUAUUGGUCUCUCGGAGUAGUGAUGUUUGAAAUGCUGUUCGGGGAAACUCCGUUUUAUAGUGAGAACCUGAUCGAAACCUAUAGUCGAAUAAUGAAUUUUGAGAAAACGUUUCAAAUCCCCGAAGAAACCACUGUAUCUGCUGAAGCGAAGGACUUGAUCAAGCGUUUUAUAUGUGAUCGCAAGCAGCGGCUUGGCCGUAAUAACGUCCAAGAAAUAAUGGAUCAUCCUUUUUUUACGGGAAUUGAUUGGGAGUAUAUCCGUUCGCAGGAGGCCCCCUAUAAACCGGAGGUGAAGUCCCCGGACGACACUUCAAACUUUGAUAUCGAAGAAACCACUCGAAUACACGAAGGUCCGCCGAUGGGCUCAGUGUUCCGUGGCUGCCAAGUCGCUUGCAUCGGCUUCACCUUUACCAAAGACUCUCCCUUCAAUCAGGUAGAACGCCUCGAGAAUGCACUGAAAGACCGC